AACUCUGCCAGCCUCCCAGGCUCCCGCCCCCGCAGGCACGGCGCCUGCCUCGCGUGCUGGGCUCUCCUAGCCAGCCGCCACUGCUGCCUCACACACGUGGGCGCCCAGGCCCGAGCCUGCCGGCCCGGCGCGGGUGGGAAUGCCUGCCGCCAUCUUGCCCCCAGAGGUCCAAAAUGAGGCCGGCACUGCUGAGCGCCGCGCUGUUGUUUGUGGGGAGCUCGCUUGUCUGCUCGGAACACCACUUGCUCUCUGCCGAGAGGAAGCGCAGCCCCUGGCGGGAACAGGCCGCUGGGCCGGCGACGGCGCCUGAGGCCCGGCGUGCGAGGCCCUGGGAGCAGGAGGGGCGCCAGGACCCGGAAGAGGAAGGAUGGAAAGCCAAGGAUUGUGGAACAGCACCCCUUGCCAAUGUGUUGAAAGGAUCUCGGAUUAUAGGGGGCACAGAAGCUCAAGCUGGUGCAUGGCCAUGGAUAGUUAGCCUGCAGAUUCAAUCUGGCAAAGGUCCUACUCAUAUAUGUGGGGGAAGCUUAGUGAAAGAUAGGUGGGUCCUCACAGCUGCCCACUGCACUAAGCAGUCUAGAGAUCCUUUAAUGUGGAGAGCUGUGAUUGGAACCAAUAACAUAAAUAGGAGUCAUCCUCACACAAAGAAGAUAAAAGUUAAAGCAAUCAUUAUCCAUCCAUUUUUUGAUUUGGAAACUUAUGUAAAUGAUAUUGCGCUUUUUCAUUUAAAAAAAGCAGUUAAGUACAAUGACUAUAUUCAGCCUAUUUGUCUACCUUUUGGAGUUUUCCAAAACCUGGACUGGAACACAAGGUGCUUUAUAAGUGGCUGGGGAAGAACAGAAGAAGAAGGUAAUAUUACAAAUAUGUUACUGGAAGCAGAAGUGCAUUUUAUUUCUCGAAACUUUUGUAAUUCUGCUAAGAGUUAUGGAGAAAUGAUUCCCAACACUUCAUUUUGUGCAGGUGAUGAAGAUGGAAUUUUUGAUACUUGCAGGGGUGAUAGUGGUGGACCAUUAAUGUGCUACUUACCAGAACACAAACGAUUUUUUGUAAUGGGAAUUACCAGUUUUGGAUAUGGCUGUGGUCGAAAAAACUUUCCUGGUAUCUAUAGUGGGCCAUCCUUCUACCAAAAGUGGCUGACAAAUCACCUCUACCCGGCAAGCAAUAAAGGCAUAUUUAAUAUAAAUAUUCUACUUGGACAGGUCCUCAUAGCCUUCGGUUCUGUUGUCUUACUAGCAACUACAUAAAGAAAUUCUGAAGAAUCUUUAUUUUUGCAUUGUGUCCCUUUCCAGGUUCUACAUAAUGAAAAUCAUUUAUUGUUUUGGCAAGUAAUUGCCCACUUUAGAGUUCUCAUGUGAACAUUUUUUGGAAUAAAAGGAUUGUGACAUAUUCGAUAUAUGAUUGUAAAUUUGGCACUGAAUCACAUGCUUCCUUGAUAUAUCUUGUUUGUUUUACUGUAUAAUCAUAAUUUUGCAUUUGGAAUACUUUCUUAGAGUGUGUAUAAAAUAUCCAGUUAAAUAUAUACUUUAUGUAUGUAAAUGUCAAAUAAUAAAGAGUUUAUAAUUAAAAUGAAAGCAGUUCUUUUGUUAAAUUAAUCAACACACUUUCCUUUUGUUAGAUUUUAUUUUAUUCAAAAUCGUUUAUUUGUAUGAUAUAUUAUCAUGUUGAAUUAUUGUCUUGUUUCUGGUUCUCAACACAUAUUUUGAGAAACAAGUAUUUGCCUAGUAUUUAAGUUCUAAUUAAAACAAUUUAUUUAAUAUUAACACUUUCUUUUCUAUGUCAAGAGAGAACUGUGGUACAGACACAUCAAAAUAAUUUAACUUUUAGUUAGAAAUGUAUAAUGUUGACUUUUUUGCAGCAUUAUAACCUACUUUCUGAACCUUAUUUUGUGGAAGCCUGUGCAAAAAUUUCGUAUUCCUUGGGUCCUCUGAAUUUACUGCGAGGUGAGGUAACUGAGAAGCAUGCUGGGUAAAAAGAGGGAAGCCAACCUGGGAUAAACUUUACGAUGACUAAUCUAUAAAAUGAAUUAUUAAAACAAAAGAAAAAGUUGACUUAAUUAGUAUCUACUAUUAAGCAACUCAUAUCUCCCUUGAACUUUGGAGAAGCUAUGUAGUAAAGGAAUAAUAAUUACUUUCUCAUCCUUCUUUUUACAUUCAACCAGCUAAAACCAAGUGUUUGUUGUUGUUUUGUUUUGCUUUGCUUUAACCUAAUUUCAGGAUUUAACUGAAAGUAAGCAGGAGUUUUCCAUCUAUUAAUUCCCUUAGGGAUCAUUACUGAUUUCACACUCACGGGGUAGAAGACUAUGAUUUUUAUAGACUUGUGAGCAACACUGAGGGGAUAUUGACUGUUCUUUCUCAAAAGAGACCCUAGAUUAAGCUCUUAUAAGGAAUUAGUUGGUAAUGCUUGUAUAGCAAUCAGCAUAACGCAUUAGUUUUCUCCUAUUUAUACUGCCUGAGUAUCAUUCAGAUUCACUUGAUAGCCCUGAAUGUUAACACUAAGAAUCUGUUCUGAAAUGUAUAGACAGCACGGAGUAGGGGGAAGGGGAGGGGGCUCUUACUUUUCACUUCAAAGGUAUGUCCUAAUUACUCUCUAGGUCUGCAUUUCUAAUCAGGCAGGGGCUCCUACCAACAACUUAUCUUUUUGCCCAGCUUACUUCACAUAUUUCAGCCAACCGAAAUUCAGUUAUAUAACAUUUCUCUUUACCACCAGAGACUAUCAGAAUAUAGACUUUGCAAUCGAAGACAGACUUUGUUUCAGAUUUCAUUCUGUUACUUAGCUGUUGCAAGAGUUUGGACAAUUAUUAACACCUACUUACAGCAUUGUCAUCAUGAUUACAUAAGUUGAUUAUAUGAAGUACUUGACAUAUUGGAGGUGCUCAAUAACUGAUAACCAUUAUUAUUAUCUCAUCCAUGACUCACAUGAUCCUUUUCAUUAUAUAGAUUACUAUGUUAUUGGACAAAUCUCAUUACUUUCAUCUGAAAAACUUAGUGGAACAAAGGACUCUUUUCUACUUAAAAACUCAAAUUUAAGUAUACUAUUUUAUUUUCUAAUUCCUAAAAUAUUACAGCCUCAUUACUAAAAAUUGAGAAAGUACAGAAAUAAGUAGAAAGAAAAUCAUCCAUAGCCCUGCUACAUGACAGCUCCCAGGAAUCUUGCUUAUUUCACUUAUUACAAUGGUAUUUUUACAAACUCUUCUGAAGCAUUCUUUUACCCCAGCUAUUUUUAAAAAUUUCAAUCCUAUAGAAACGUUGAAAGAUAGUACCAUGAUUGCCCACUUUUAUUCCCCAAAUAUUAACAUCUUGCCCUGUUUAGGUGCUUUGCUCCUCCUUCUCUGCACACACACACACACACACACACAGACACACUUUUUUUUUUUGGUUAAAUGAUUUGAAAGUAAAUUGCUAACAUCAUAUUACUUCAUCCAUAAUACUUCAGUAUCUCCUAAGAACAAGAACAUAAUCAUAACACUAUGAUCAGACCAAAGAAAUUUAAUUGAUUUAAUAACACCAUCUAAUGUAGGUCUAUAUUCAAAUUUCUCUAUUGUCUCAAAAAUGUUUUUUCUAGUCCCCACCACCCUUACUCCAGGAUCUAACCCAGGCUCCACAUGUUGCACUUAUUUUCCCUGUCUCUACAAUGUCCUUUAAAACAGUCUCCUCUGUCCUUAUUUUUCUCUUUUUUGUCUUUCAUGAGAGUGAUAGAGUCCAAGUCAAAUGUCAUAGAAUUCUCUACAUUCUGAAUUUAAUCAGAUUUCCUCAUGAUUAGAGUCAGAUUAAAGGUUUUUGACCAUGAUACCACAUCCAUAAUAUACUUCUUACUGCAUUCCAUCAAAAGGCACACAAUGUCAGUUUGUCCCAUUAUAAGUAAUGCUCUGAUCAGUUCAAUAAAGUGGUAUCCAUCAUAUUUCCCUAUUGUAAAGAUACCUUUUUCCUUCAUAAUUAAUAAGUAACCUUUGAGAGGAUAUGAAUAUCCCAUUCCUGACCAAAUUUAUACCCAGUGGUUUUAACAUCUAUUGAUGAUCCUUGCUCAAAUCAAUUAUUACACUAGGGGUUUCAAAAUGCCCAUUUCCUAAUUUUUCAUUCUUUUUACAUUCAUUACCUGGCAUUUUUCUGCAAAAAAGGGCUUUCUUCCCCACUCUUCUUUUUUUGUUUUUUCCCCAGCAUCAUGAUAGACUCACAGGCUUUUUAAAAGAACUUAGUGUGUAAUCCAGUUACCAUCAAUAUACUUUUUGGUGCCCAAAUUUGGCCUGUGGACAUCCAUUCAAAGUGGCUUCUGGGUUCUUUUGACAUUCCUCCAUUAGCUUUUAAAUACUUCCUUUCUAGCACAACAAGGUGUUCUAGGCUAAAUUUGUAGUCUUCCUGUCCCAUAUCUAAAAUCACUCAUUUCUCCAAGGAAUCCUGAUUUCUUUUAGUGGGGAAUGGUUUUAGAAACAAAAUAUAUAGUCAUUGCUACUGAGCGGUCAUUAAUUCUAGGUUAAUUGGACAGAACUAAGAAAUACAUUUUUUAAAGCAUGAUUUCAUACUGAUACUUCCAAUUCAAAUUCAACACCAAAGGGUUAUUUGAUACCUUUCCCAUUCCAUAUUUGCAUCUCACUUCUUUUGCACCUGUGUAACCUGUGUAACCAUCACCAUAAUCAAGAUAUCGAACCUCAGUAAGUUCCCUUUGCCCCUUCCCAGGGAAUCUCACCCUUGUACCAGGAAAACACUGGUCAGCUUUCUAUCAACAGAGAUGAUAUUUGUCCUUUCUAGAGUUUCAUAUUAAUGUAAUCAUAUUGUAGGUAAUCUUUGGAGUCUGGCUUCUUUCACUUAAUACAACAUUUCUGAGAUUCUUCUAUGUCGUUUCAUUUAUCAGUGUUCACUCCUUUUUACUGCUGAGUAGUCAAAUAUGAAUAUGCCACAACUUAUUCUUUCCAUUUGUGUAUUGAUGGGCAUUAGAGUUGUUUCUAGUUUUGGACUAUUAUGUAUAAAUCUACUAUGAACAUCUGUGUACAUCACGUGGACAUAUUUUUCCUUUCUCUUGGAUAAAUACCAAAGAGUGAAAUUGCUGAGG